GAGCGAAUGGCCGCCCUAGGGACCUGCUGCCUGCGGACACUUGUUGCCAGAAAAGAGAGGAGGAAAAGCUGAGGGCAGAAAGGAGCCAGAUAUCGAAAGAGAGAGGGAGAACGGGAGAGAGAAGGCGAGAGAGCGAGAGCGCGACAGCCCGCACAGCAUCCGCUCCGCCCUACCGCCCCAAGGGAGACCCGGACGCCUGGGUCCCGGGACAGCGCCACCCGCCCGCCCCUCCCUGCCGCUGUUGUUCCUCUGACCCGGCUCCGGUGGCCAAAGAGACAGAGAGAAAGGAGACGAAGAAAGGAUAGGGACUGAGGCUAGAAAGAGGGAGGGAGGGAGCCGGACAGAGGGACCGGGGCAGAGAGGAUCGGGACGGAGAACGUGAACCAGCGCCUGCAGACGGGAGCAGCAGGAGCCGGAGUGGGGAGCCGGGUGGCGAAAGCAUGGUGGAGAACCUGGAGACAGCCGCCCGCAGCGCGCUGGCAGCCCUUUCCCCGAUGCCCCGCCCUAUUCCUGGAGCCCCCCCUGGGGGUGGGUUGCGGCUGGAAGCUGUGAUGGAGACCCUACAGAGGCAGCAGGCAGCCAGAUUAGCUCAAGGUGGGAUUCGACCCCCAUUUCCUCUUUCAAUACCCCCAUCCUUACCUCCCCAACGAUCCCAUCCAGUGGGUGUCAGGGCCCAGCAGUCUCCUGAAGAGGGGACUCUGGGGGGUACUGAAGAGGGUGAAAAUGAAGAGGAAGAUGAGGAAGAAGAAGAAGAGGAGGAAGAGGAGGCUAGGCCUCAAGGGCAACCUCCCCAGCCCAGCCCAGGACCAGGCCUAUCUGUGUCCCCCCCCAUCCAGUCUUCUGGCCCUCAGCAUCACGAAUGGACUUAUGAGGAACAAUUUAAACAGCUGUAUGAGCUCGACGCAGACCCCAAGAGGAAAGAAUUCCUGGAUGACCUGUUCAGCUUCAUGCAGAAGAGGGGCACCCCAGUGAACCGCAUCCCGAUCAUGGCUAAGCAGGUUCUGGAUCUCUACGUCCUGUACCGGCUGGUGACGGAGAAGGGGGGGCUGGUGGAGGUCAUCAACCGGAAGGUGUGGCGGGAGGUGACUCGGGGCCUGAGCCUGCCCACGUCCAUCACCUCGGCCGCCUUCACGCUGCGCACCCAGUAUAUGAAGUAUCUCUACCCCUACGAGUGUGAGACUCGGGCGCUCAGCUCUCCAGGGGAACUCCAGGCGGCCAUCGACAGUAACAGGCGAGAGGGCCGGCGCCAGACUUACGGGACUACCCCGAUCUUCAGCUUCCCCGCAGCGGGGCCGCCUCCUCCUCGGGGGACCCUAGCUACCACGUCAGCAGCUCCAGGUCUGCCGGCUCUCGCCUGCGCCCAACUUGGUCACAGCCACGGGCAUGGCCACGCUCCCAUUAAGAAAGAGGAGGGCUCAGGGCCUGCCCCAGCAGUGGCUAUACCACGAAUUUCAUUACCAAUGGCCCUGGGUACUAUGAGAGAAAAAAUAGGUCCAGAGGAACCACCUGAGAAAAAGGCUGUGCUGAUGGGACCUAUGGAUCCUCCCCGUCCAACCUUGCCUCCCAAUAUCCUUCCCAGAAGCAAGUCUUCUGUCAGAGAAGAGCCACUGGAGGUGCCCCUUAACAUGGCAGGCAAUGGCAUCAGCAGCAUCAACAUGGCCCUAGAGAUCAAUGGCAUUGUCUACACUGGAGUCCUCUUUGCCCGUCGACCACCUACACUGGGCUCAUCCAACAACAACAACAGGAAUUCUCAGGGUCCAACAAGUCCUGGACCUAAUACCCCUCCUGGUCCCCUCUCCAGCACCUCACCUUGAGACUUCAUACUCAAGAACUGGAUCCCCCAGCUAUGUCCUGAUCAUUGGAGGGGAGGGCAAACCCCUUUUAUUGUCUUUCAAUCCCCUCCCCAAUGUGGGUACCCCCAUGCAUAGGGGAAAAGGAAAAAAAAAACCUCAUUCUCCCAUUUCCAGCUGAGGUCCCUUCUCUAUUCCCUAUACCAAAUUACAUUCCAACCCCCAUUAUGGACUUUGAAGCCAAAUGUUUUGCUGCGAUAUAAUGUCUACCUCAUUAUAAUGGGGGUAAUGCUCCUGACCCCUGUUCCAUCUGCACCUAUCUAGCCAAAGAAUCGAUCUUCCCCACUCCCCGGAGUUUCAUGUAUACCAAAGAGUCCAGAUGUGUCUUUGAGCUUGAUCUUAGAUCUUGCCUCAGUUUCAGUCCUCCUAUUGUCACCCUCUCCCAUCCUUAGCAAGCCCCUACCAACUCUAAUCACACAUUUAGAUUUUCCUAUCCCAUCUGAGCUCCUUUUCAGGCCCAGGCUUGUUUUGGAGGGUCAGAACCUAGGGAGGCUCAGGGGAGGAUUCCAUUUUAAGGUCAGCAUGAUCGGACAAUAAA